AUGAAACCGAAAAAAGAAGUUCGUAAAGAUGCCCUACCGCGUCCCGAAUUCAAAAGCUGGUAUGACCUACUGUUUUCUGUCGUGAAUCUGUGCAUUGGAUUAAGCAAUUUUCUGAUAUUUCUUGCCAAAGUUCACGAGUACCGUGGUGGAGCCUUCAUUCUCGCCUACGGACUUAUCCUUAUUAUGCUCGGCUACCCGGUUUUAUACCUCGAAUUGAUAAUAGGACAAUUUCAUAGAUGCUCCCCGUGGAUUUUUAUCAGAAGAUGUGCUCCGAUUCUUCAAGGUUUUGGUUUCAUGGCAUUAGUAUCCGCUGUGACUAUCCUGUAUCCUUAUCAGUACUCAGUGGCACGUGCAUUCAAAUUUUUAUUAUCUCUAGCCAGAUAUCGAUCACAAGACAUGCCAUGGUCAACGUGUGGUAAUUGGUGGAAUACAGAAAAUUGUUAUCAGUUUUUUUUACGAAAAAUGCCCAAAUCUUAAAGCUGGGCAUAUUGUAUUUCAAAAUAAAUGUGUGAAUGAAACAAAGAUCAAGAUGGAAGCAGUUGAAUCUGCAGAAAUUCAAUAUUUAAGAAAUGUAAUCCACAGAAUUGGCGUUUCCCACAUGUCAUUCACUAAUUUCAACUAUGGAAUUGCAUACUCUAUUUUUAUCAUUUGGCUGACAAUUUCCUUUGUUCAAAAUCGAGUGAACACUAGAACUACGCCUCUCAUUUAUAUUCCCACUGUCUUCGCAUUUCUCAUAUGUCACUUUCUUCUUGUACGUUCUCUACAUUUGGAUGGAGCAAUUGAGGGAGUUCAGGAAAUGUUGAGAAUCGAAUGGGCAGAGUUGUUAUACAGUAAGAUCUGGAUAGAUGCACUGAAUUUGGUCGUUCAAUCUCUGAGCAUCGGAAUUGGAGGUCACACUGUAAUGGCGUCAUUUGCACCUCCGGAAAAGAAUACAUUUCGAGUCGCCACACUUGCAGUAAUUUUGGACACGGGAUUAAGUAUAAUUAUCAGUGCAACCGUUUAUUCAAUUCUCGGAUACACCAGAUUUAUCCUCGGUCGGAAAUCGGUUUACGAUUUAACAGUUCUUCCAAAUGGACUUCUACUGACUCAUUCAACAUUUCCUGUGCUCCUCCGACAAGUUGCUGCAAAUUCAUGGUUAUGGGUAUUCUUGUACUAUUCUACACUUGUUGUUGUUGGCUGGAAAUCUUGUGCUCUUAUAAUGAAGACAAUAACGGUUACAAUUGCAGAUAUUUUCAAUAUUAAAAUGAAAACCUAUUUUUUCGACUGCCUAUGUAUUUUUGUCUCAAUGGUUAUUGCAACUUCUGGGCUCUUUCUAUGUUUUGAGAGUGGGCCAUUGUACCUGACAAUGAUUCAAGAUAUUCAAACAGUUGCAACCGGAAUAUUCAUAACUGCAGAACUAUUUAUUGUCCUCGAAUUAUAUGGUUUAGACACAAUCUAUGGAGAUAUUCAUGAACUUAUGGGACAGCCAUCCAAUGACCAAUGGAGUCGAGCUUACACGUGGCCCAUCUGGAAAUGGAGAUGGACAACUGCACCAGCUUUUUCGAUUAUAUUCGCCGUAUCUGCAUUCUUCAGACCCUUUCCGAGUCCUGAAAAUGAUCUUGAAUAUUACUAUUUCUACGAUUUAAUCCAGUUUUUCAUACUUUUCUUCGUAAUUGUAUCUCCAUUUGGUUUCGCUUAUUAUUCAUACCUGAAGAUGUGGCAUCACUUUGAAAAGUUUGAGAAGGAAAAACAAUUCAAUUCAAGUAUCCUCUGGCAUCGCCAACUUCAUCUACGUUCGUGGAAUCGAAUUGAAAAGGAAAUGAGUGAAGAACAAAGGAAUUUUGCACAUCAACAUCUACCUGAAAAAGAGUCUGAAGAUUUGGAAGAGUUCUGGAAGUUGGUGUACCGCCCAUUCUUUGAAACCCCGUCUCACGAAACUGUGAUGAUGCCAAUAAUCCCAAAAUCUAAGGAAAUUGUAAAGCCACGUCAAGCAUCAAAGAAGAGGUCAAAGAAGAGAAGUAAGAAGGAUGAAUUCUUGACAUUUGAGACGUAUUAUAAAGAAAAAGGAAAGUGACG